AUGACUCAGUUCGACAGCUCUGUACGGACGAGCAGGAAACAUUUAGGUGGUUCAGAUUAUAAAGACAUUUCACUUGGUGCGUGGCAGGCUGUGACUGUGGUGAAGGGCCAAACCGUGACCUUCAGGUGCACGAUGACCAACGCUCACAGGACGCAUGUGGAGUGGAAAAACCCAGACGGACACAUUAUGUUCUUUAAUGAAAGAAAAGUUUUAUGGGACAAGCGAUACAGCAUCGUCAAGUUGUCUCAGUCAGAGUUCUCCAUCAGUAUUUCCAACGUCUCCUUUAAAGAUGGAGGCAACUACACCUGCUGCCAGUACAAGCAGAAACCAGUGGAAAAGACUGUGGAGCUGACCGUGCUGGAUCAUCCCAGACUGUCAGUAACAAAGCAUGAAGGUAAACAUGUUAUAAAGUGCAGCGCUCAGGGGAACCACCACCCACCGCAGAUCUCCUGGGAGUUUGAUCACCAACCGGAAUUUACUGCUCAUGGGCUAAAUGUCCACCAUGAAGAUAAAAAAUACGUCUCCACCGACUUCUUGCAUGUUUAUCCUGUGAAGAACAGAGUCACUGUGAAAUGCCUCGUGCGCCACCCGGCGCUGCACAACAAAACCUUGAUGACUUUUGUUCAAAUCGGACGAGAGAAAAGAAACAUUCGUACCACCCGGCCCAGGCUUUCUACAGUUCAGCCUGAAGAAUCCACAGCAGGUCUGGGUUUGACCUCCAGCUGGUCCAGCCCAGCAACGGGUCCGAGUUUUACUGUCCGUCAGACAUUUUCCUCCACUGGUCUGGUUCCAGCCACAGCCUCGUCUCCCAACACGACAGACGGGACGUCUGUGUCUGAGCCGGCGCCGAACAUCACCGUCUACAACACGGCACGGACAAACACCACAGAGUCUCGUGGCGCUGAUCUUCAGACAGGAACACGUCGAACAUCUCACGUGCUGCUGCUCCUGGUGACGUCGCUCAUCUUGGGCCUUCUGGUGGUCGUGCUUUUCUUCACUGUCAAGCUGAGGAGAGCGCACGUGGCCUGGAAGAGAGAAAAUGAAGAGUCUGAUCCAUCGGAGGAGAGCAGUAAAUCUAAAUCCAGCCAGGAGGACAAGAAGCCCCAAGGCCAGUGGAGAAAAGGACUGUUCAGCACAACGUUCACACAGUAUGUUGUUGAGGAACCAGCACCUUCUGCUGUGAGCACAAACACAGAAACACCGAGGGAGGACGUGGCGAAGGAGCAGACGUCUUCAUCACAAUCUCACACUCCAGCUGCAGCCAGAUGUGACGUGAAGGAGACGUCCCUUUAA